AUGGAGUCAAUCAGAACACAGUUCGAAAGAGAGCUUAAAGCCAAAUUAGCAUAAAAAGCUACCGUGCAUAACACUGAAGAAAACACCUUGCUAAAGUCUUUCAAAUAUUUCGAUUUAGACAAUAAUGGUACUUGCGAGCCAGAUGAAUUCAAAAAAGCUCUAGAAAAAAUUGGAGUGACUAUUCCUUCACAAAAAGAUUUAAUUGCUCUUUUCAAUUACUAUGACACUGAUGGAAGUGGAUCAUUAGACUAUAAAGAAUUUACCUCGAUCUUAUUAGGCAAGGAUACUGGAACUAUGGAUAGAAAGUCAAAUUAAUAUGGCUAGGGAGUAGGGUAUAAGCCAGCUGUCAGCAAUUCCAAUGGUGAUAACGUCAAUGAUGUACUUGGAAAAGUAAAGACAAAGCUAGCAAGCAGAGGAGCAAGAGGUCUUAUUGGAAUGGGCAAGCAAUUCAAGAUAUUCGAUGACGAUAAUAGCAGAUCUCUAGAUUAAUACGAGUUCAAGAAAGCAAUGAAGGAGUAGAUGUUAAACUUAACAGAUUCAGAGAUUAUGACUCUCUUUAACACUUUUGAUAGAAACAGAGAUGGUACUAUUGACUAUGAUGUAUUCGUGAGAGUUCUUAGAGGACCUAUGAAUAGUUUCAGAAAGAGAUUAGUUCUCCAAGCCUUCAAAAAAAUAGAUAAAGAUGGUAGUGGAGUCGUUGAUUAUAAUGAUAUCAAGGAUAUCUAUAAUGCAAAAAGACAUCCAGAUGUUAUUCAAGGAAAGAAAACAGAAGAAGACAUUCUUCUUGAAUUCUUAGAAACAUUCGAGACUCAUCAUAAUAUCUGCAACUCAGAGGCACCAGAUCAUGUAGUGACUCUUGAGGAAUUUGAAGAGUAUUAUAACAAUAUCUCUUCAUCAAUAGAUAACGAUCAAUAUUUUGAAUUGAUGAUCAAUAAUGCCUGGAAGAUCAAUGAAGGCGAUAAGACAUACUAAAAAGGUUGGGCUGAUAAGGGUGACAAUGCUAAUGGAAAGUCUCUCUAAUCUUAAUACGGGCAAGCAAAGGGAGGCUAAACUAAUAACAGACCAACUACUGCUUCUUAAUAAAAUCAACGCCCAUAAACCACAGCAUCUCAAAGAGGAGGCUUUUAAACUUCAAAUUAAGCAUCAUAUGGUGCUGCAAAAGGCACAGUUAAAGGCUCUUAAUAUGGAGGCUCACAGAGAGGUGGCCCUGUUGGAGGAGAUACAGCUAUUGAGAAGUUAAGAAAUAGAUUAGCAUCAAGAGGAGCUAGAGGCUUCAUUGGAAUGCAAAAGCAAUUUAAGAUUAUUGAUGACAACAACUCAGGCACUAUUGAUAUGGCUGAAUUCAGGAAAGCUAUCAGAGAUUUCAGAGUUGAUCUUACUGACAAUGAAAUCAAGCUAGUCUUCCAAACUUUUGAUAGAGAUGGAAGUGGAGAGAUAGAUUACGAUGAAUUCGUAAGAGGAGUCAGAGGCCCAAUGAAUGCCUUCAGAGUUAAAAUAGUUAGAGCUGCUUUCACAAAGCUAGACAAAGAUAAUAGUGGUGUAAUUGAUAUGAAUGACAUCAAGGGUGUAUAUAAUGCUAGCAGACAUCCUGAUGUUAAAUCAGGCAAAAAGACUGAGGAUGAAAUCCUUGGAGAAUUCAUUGAAACUUUUGAAACUCAUCAUAACAUUAAUGGAGGCACCAGAGACAGAAGUGUCACAUUUGAAGAGUUUACUGAGUACUACAACAAUGUAUCAGCAUCUAUUGAUAACGACCAAUAUUUUGAACUUAUGAUGAUAAAUGCAUGGAAACUUCAUGGAGAUGCUACAAGAAAGCCAGGCUGGACUAAUGUUGCAAAGAAAGAUCUUUAUCAAGAAGGAGGAUACAAUGUUACAAAGAGUGCUCCAUAUGGUAUUGAUAACUAACCCACUUCAUAUUCAACUAGUUUGAGACCACAAACAUAAUAAAGCUAAUAUUAGACCUAACCACCUGCUGGUUCGUCAAGUUGGCAAUAAAAAACUGAUGGAACCAUCACUGGUAGUGUUAAAGCCCCAAAUCCAUAGGCUGACAUGACUUACUCAGAGCAAUAACUAGUAGAGACUUUUUCUGCUAAAUUAGCUAGCAGAGGUGCUAGAGGAAUAAUUGGAUUGUAGAAGCAAUUCAAGAUCUUCGAUGAUAAUAGAUCACAUGAUUUAGAUGAGUAUGAAUUUAGAAAGGCUAUCAAGGAUUUCAGAAUCAAUGUUCUUGACAAGGAUAUUAGAAGACUAUUUGAUAUCUUUGACAGAGACAGAUCAGGCAGCAUCAAUUAUGAUGAAUUCUUGAGAGGUGUGAGAGGUGAGAUGAACGGAUUUAGAAGAAACUUGUGUUAAAAGGCAUUCAACAUUAUGGACAAGGAUAAGAGUGGUGUUCUGAACAUUGAUGAUAUCAAAGGAGUCUAUAAUGCUAAGAAGCAUCCAGAUGUCAUUCAAGGCAAGAGGUCUGAAGAUGAAAUUCUUGGAGAAUUCCUUGAUACUUUCGAAAUGCACUACUCUCUAAAUGUAAGUUUGAUUUUAAAAUAAUAAAUAUUUCAAUAGCAUGAGAAUUCAAGAGAUGGCCAAAUUAGUCUUGAUGAAUGGAUGGAAUACUAUAACAAUGUUAGCAUGAGUAUUGAUGAUGAUAAGUACUUCGAGCUUAUGAUGAACUCAGCCUGGAACCUAGAUAACUCAAAAGUCACAAAGAAAGGAUGGGGAGGCGAGUUCUGA